GGACGCUCUCGUUUUCGUCUGUGUUUGAUAGGGGCAUCACCGCAUUAGCAUAAUACAGGUCGCCUUUGCUGGAAAUUCGCCGAAAGAAGUCAGAGAGAUAGAGAAAGACGAUGGGAGGAGAUCCUCUUGACGCUUUGAGGCCUCUAAUGGCUUCUCAUUCUUCCCCUCUCGAUGCCUUAAUCGUUCCCUCUGAAGACUAUCACCAGAGUGAAUAUGUGUCUGCGCGGGACAAAAGGCGCGAAUUUGUUUCUGGAUUUACUGGCAGCGCUGGUUUGGCACUUAUAACAACGAAUGAGGCAUGGCUAUGGACUGAUGGACGGUACUUCUUGCAGGCAACACAACAGCUAAGUGACCGGUGGAAGCUCAUGUGUAUUGGAGAAGACCCAUCUUUGGAGAUUUGGAUAGCUGAUGUGAGUGACCAUGUUAUUGGAAGUUCUGUGGGUUCUCCCUCAAGAUGUGGCAAGACUUUUCAACCGAGACUUUUUGAGGCAAUCAAAGAAAAGAGGGAAGGUUAUGUGGAAAGCUACAAAGCCCUACUGGAAGCUGGCUGUGGCAAAAAGAGCAAACCAGAAGCUUUCCCUCCGCUACUACGGCCCAUUUCGAGUAACAGCAUGAAUAGGCAAAGUAGCUUACCAGAAGGUGCUAGACUACUGUUGGGUGAAGCGAGGGAAACCAUGAAGCUAACAGAGGUAACUGCAAGUGAUAAGUUAGAGGGCUUCCGUGCAUCAAAACAGCAUUUCCAAGGGUUAAGUUUCCCUAUUAUUUCAUCUGUUGGUCCAAAUGCAGCAAUUAUCCAUUAUGCCCCAGAUGCAGAAACAUGCUCUGAACUUGAUGCUGAUAGUAUCUACCUGUUUGAUUCAGGAGCACAGUAUCAAGAUGGAAUAACUGAUAUAACACGGACGGUUCAUUUUGGCAAGCCUUCUGCUCAUGAGAAAGCAUGUUAUACUGCUGUUCUCAAAGGCCAUAUUGCAUUGAACACUGCAAGAUUUCCUAAUGGGACAAAUGGUAUUCUCAAGACAUGCUCUCGAGUUCCAUUGUGGAAGGAUGGUCUUGAUUAUCGACAUGGUACCGGUCAUGGGAUUGGGUCUUACCUUAAUAUUCAUGAAGGACCUCAUCAAAUUAGUUUCAGACUACAAGCUAAAAAUGUGCCAUUACAAGCAUCGAUGACCGUAACAGAUGAACCUGGUUACUAUGAAGAUGGGAACUUCGGUAUAAGAUUGGAAAAUGUGCUUAUAGUUAAGGAGGCUGAUACAAAAUUCAAUUUUGGGGAUAAAAGCUACUUAUCAUUUGAGCACAUAACUUGGGCACCAUAUCAGAAAAAGUUGAUGGAUCUGAAACUCUUAACACCUGAAGAGAUAGAAUGGGUGAACGCAUACCAUGCCAGAUGCAGGGAAGUCUUGGAACCAUUCUUGGAUGAAACCGAGAUGGCAUGGCUGAAGAAAGCCACUGAACCCAUUAGUGCGUAAAUGGCACCGGAAGCCCUUUGACAGUGUGAUCCACCAUUGUUGGUGCUGUUAUGCAAUCAUUGUAGGAUUUCCGAAUUUAGCUGAUACCAAAAGCUCACUUAUAUUCCAUUGAAACAUUUGUACCCUGGUCCAAAGCAACCAUUAAUCAUAAACCAGAUCAUUUUUUCA